GUCACUGGGUGUUGGUUGCUAUGGAUCUUUCGAGACUAAUGGUGUAUUAUCUCGAUUCGUUAUCGGGUGAUUGGAGUAAAUAUCCGAGUAUGAAGAAGACGGUUGACGCGGCAAUACUAAAAUUUAGAUCGAAAAAGAAUUAUCGUAAUAGGAAGGACAUUACCUGGGUCAGAGUUCAGUGUCCUCAGCAAAACAAUUCGGUCGAUUGCGGAUUUUUUGUAUUGAGAUUUAUGAGAGAUAUCAUUGUGUUGAAUCGUAUAGACAUCCCAAAAAUGUACUUUGACGAAUACAAAUCUUACUCAAGAGCUCAUUUGGAUGAAAUGAAGGAUGAAUUGUGUCAAUUCAUUAUUGAUCAAAGAAUCAUAUAGGUUGUAUAUUGUUGUACAUAUAUGUAUGGAAUGUUGUUGUACAUGCAUGAAUAUAUAUUAAUGUUGUAUAUA